UCUCUAUUAACACCGUAUUAACACGAUGUGUCACCAAUUGUGUUUUGACCUUCAAGUAUUACUGAAGGUAUUCACAGAGAAUUUCUUAAAGCUGUCUGAUGCGGGUACAAUUACCAUUUGAACUAAUUGGAUGUAUUGGUGGAUGGGAAAGAUUUAAAUGGGUCGAACGGGUUUCCUGGCUGGCUUGCAGGUGGUUCAGACAGCAUGAAUAUAUUGAGAAGUUGAAUAUGCAGGCCAUCAUCAGUGCCACUGCUGAAGGAGAUGAAUUUGUCAAAGAACACAUUUACUCGCUUGGGAAGGCCCCCACACUGAUCCAUGAGCUCAUUGCUGUGGAAGUUUGGAAGCAGAAGGUGUUUCCUAUAUUAUGUCAGCUCCAGGACUUCAAUCCAAAGAGCACAUUUCCAAUAUAUAUUGUGAUCUAUCAUGAAGCAACAAUUAUUAACCUCUUGGAAACUAUCUUUUAUCACAAGGAUGUGUGUGAGUCUGCAGAGGAGGCAGUACUGGAUCUUGCUGAUUACUGCCAUCGAAAGCUGACCCUACUAGCUGCACAGAGUGAAAGCUGCGAAAAUCAGGAGCGUGAUCCACCUACAGCUACAUCCCUGACAGAAUUGAAAAAGCAGAGUCAAGAUUUGGAAUUUGAUAUCGCGGUAAAGGCUGUUUCCAUUCUUCGCUAUAUAACUGAUCACAUUGACAGCUUGCCAAUCAGUGUUCAGACACGGCUGCUGAACACCCACAAUGUGCCAUGCCUGCUGGUUCAGCUGGUGGAUCAUUGCCCCUGGAGGCGAUACAAUUCCAAAGGUGAAUUACAGAAAUAUGCUGAUGGCAAGUGGUAUACAGUGCCCCUUGAAGAUCAUCUAAAAAUAACAAAAGUGGAUGGACAGGUCUGGAUUGCAUUGUACAACCUAUUGCUGAGGCCUGAUUGCCAGAAGAGUUAUGAUUUCAACAACUUCAACAAAACACAGUUGCUUAAGCUUCAAGGAUUCCUAACUGAAGUUCUCAUUGAUCAGCUACCCAACCUGGUGGAAUUACAACGCUUUCUAAGCCAUCUUGCCAUGGUAGAUCCACCUCCGACAAAGAAGAAUCUCAUCUUAGAACAGGUUCCUGAUAUCCGAGAUAGGAUUUUUCGCGAGAACUCAAACAAAUGGAAAGCUAUUGCCAAGCACCUAGUGAAAACUGCAUUUAACCCUUCUGAGCAGGAGUUACUUCAACAGGCACACAGAUUGGCAGAAACUUACAAUCUGAAUGUGAUGGAGAAUCUAAUUCCAGAGCGCCCAAAAUGUGGAUAUUGUGGAGAAGAGGCAGCAAAGCGCUGUUCCCGAUGCCAGAUUGAAUGGUACUGUGCGAGAGAGUGUCAGGUGAAGCACUGGGCGAAGCACAAGAAAGCCUGUGAUCUGAUGGCUGGUGCCGUAAAAGCAUGACUGCGGUAUUGGAAAUCAUUCAGCAGAAACCAAACUAGUGAUGGCUUGGUUGCAAUUUCUGAGAACUAGGAACUGAAUAGAACUAUGCAGUUCCAAUUGCGGAGUUGUACAUCUGUUUGGGUAUUCCCACUAUUGAGCAUGGUACAUACUGUAUGCUGAUAGUAUAGCCAUCUGGAUUUCCCAUUUGUUCAGAAACUUAUGAAGCAGGCCACUAACAUUGUGCUGCAGAAUGGGAGUCUCCUUCAUAUCAUUGUGGAUUUAGGAGAGCAAGCUUAAGAUAUAAAACAAUUUUAUUUCUGGUGCAAGUUUCUUCUGCAAAGUUCAAAAGAAAAAGUAAUUUUCUAGAAAAUAUUUUUAAGGAAGUUGAGUUUCACGUUUUUGUAAUGGUUUUUGUCAAAUUGCUAUUAUUUUGGGGUCUGUGAAAGCAAUUUGAAUAGUGACAUGUGGACUGGGGAUCUGUGAGGUUGGAAAGAUGGUGCUCAGAGCAUUGCGAUGAAAUACACAUUUAAAUCAAUUUAAAUGUUUCCAACUGCUAGCAUUUCAAAUACCACAGAAAUUGAAGGACUAUUUGGUCCCCUCAGCAGUUUUCAACAUGCACACGUCAGUUGGUGCUGCUCGUGGGAAAAUGUCUGAAACCAGCCAGUGCAUACAAAAAGAUAAAUCUGUAUAUUUUCUUAAAUAUGUUAACAUUUCAGGCAUCAAGAUUAUAUUACUUGUGGAGUAACCUUUGGUAGUGCAACGUUUUGAAUACACAGAGAAGUGGGACAUACAUUUCCACCAUUGUUGUCAGCAGAAGUGUUUGAAAGGGGGUUAUUGGUAGCAUCACAAACAAUUCUUGUCUGCAAUUUAACCAAAACAAAAUUAAACAGAUUGAGCUGAAAUUAAAAUAAAAAA